GGAAAUGGAAUGACGUCGUCUGUAAAGCAAUUCAAUCAAAUUAACGGAGUACGUGCCGCGGCCCACGACCCCACAAGCCUUUUGACUUGACUCCAGCGCACAUUAACCGACCUGUUGCUUCCUGCCUGGCCGAGAUGUCUCAAUACAAACUUACAUAUUUUAAUGUGAAGGCUCUUGGCGAGCCCAUAAGAAUGAUACUUCAUUACAUGGGCAAGGAUUUUGAAGAUGAAAGAGUUUCACUUGAAGAAUGGCAGAAGUUAAAGCAAAGAUCUCCUUUUGGAAAAUUGCCGACUCUUGAAGUCGAUGGAAAGGUUUUACACCAGUCGAAUGCAGUCUGUCGUUAUUUGGCCAAAGAAGCCAAUCUUAGGGGGUCGAAUGAUUGGGAAGAUCUGCAAAUUGAUAUAAUUGUCGAUACUUUCCAAGAUUUUAGAAAAGAGGUGAGUUUAUUUCACCACGAACCUGACCCAGCUGUCAAGGAAACGAAGAAAGCUAAAAUUUUAAAUGAAACUUUACCCUACUACUUUAGCAAGUUUGAUAAAAUGGUUGAAGAAAAUAAGGGAUAUUUCGCUAAUGGAAAGCUUUCAUGGGCUGACUUUUACUUAGGAGGGUUUUCAGAUUCACUCGUGACUCUGCUUGGUGUGGAUAUAUAUGCGGAUUAUCCCAAUUUGAAAACCUGGAGGGCCAAAUUUUUUGAAAUUCCACAAGUGAAGGACUGGAUUUCCAAGAGGCCACAAACUGCAUUGUGAUUCAAACCAUUUUUAAUGAUACCGUUUUGAAAUAAAUAAAUUAUAUAAAAAGUUUAUAAAAUUUUUAAUUGAAUGUUUAAAAAAUAAAUUUAUUUAGACACA